AUGGAUUUGGAGACAAUUCGUACUGAGUAUGAAUCAAUGUGUCGGGAUCUUAAUAUGGACAUUGAAACAACUAAGGAGGCUUGGUUAUCCUACAUGCAUAUUCGUCGACAUUACGUAUUAGAAGGAGAUCAAUUACACUGGCUGGCUUGUUCGCUCUACGUUGCUUGCCGUACAACAACUAUACCGACCAUUAGUGGCACAGGAACAGAAACAUGCAAUUCUAUAUCGUUAGAUCGUCUAUUAAAAUCAGCUAACAAUCUGCAAUUAAUCGUUUUUUUUGAUAAAUUACGUAAAUGGCAAGAUAUGGCAAAUUUACCCGAAAUAUUAAGAAAAAAAAUAGGCCAGUUAGGAAACUCAUUUGAGAUUGUAUCAAUUGUUUAUCAGAAAUAUAUACAAAUGUUUACACAUCUAUACGGUCAAGUGACAAAUACAGCCAAAAGUGGUGGUGAACUUAAUCCAAAAUUAUUAAAAAAUAAACGUAGUCAACAAUCGCACAUCACACAACAUGAUUUGUACAUCCUCUGUUGGAGUCUAUUUUCUUUAACAAAAUCAAAAUUUCCCGCUAUAGCCAAUGAUUUAGUGAGUGCCUAUCAUUUAUUAGUGGCUUGUAUGGAUCUGUUUUAUAUGAAUGUAAUACAAUCAAAAUUAAAUCAUCUGUUGAAAGGUACAUAUAUUUCGCCACAUACUGAUAAUGGUGAGAAUGAAACAUCAGUUCAUGGAUAUUCAUCGUCAGUUAUUGAUGAGUUAUGUUCACGUUACAGCGGUCGUGCUGAAGAUUGUCGUACAAUCUAUGAACACUAUCUAAAAACUUAUUUAAAGCGUUUAUUGAUCAAAAGUCGUCUGAAGGGUGAUAUGACGACAUAUACUUCACUGUUACAUCCAAUUGAGCAUUUUCAAGCAAAUCUUAGAGAAAUUAAUCGCUAUUACGAUGAAAUUGUUUUAACACGGUGCGUUAUUGAUGAACGAAUAUUUUUCACUACUGAUCAAAAUGGUAGUGGUUUAACACCGUUGUAUGAUUUGGUAACAUCUCUAAAUGAAAAUCGUACGUGUUUAAAACCCAAGACACCAUUAACAAAUCGUAGCCGAUAUGUACUAGGCAUCGAUGGAUAUGCAACACCAAUAUCAAUAGCUAAUCAAAUGUUAGCUCAUAUAGCACAAAUAAUUGGAAAUUUGAUAAGUGCCGAACCAAGUACAAAUUUACAACAAAUAAUUAAAAAUCAAGUACAUUUAGAUAGUUUAGUUCAACGUGUGAGCGAGUGGAAACAAUUAUUUUAUCAAGAAUAUGCAAAAUCGCUACAACCACAAACUCUAAAUCAUGACACAGAUAGUGGUAGUAGUAGCAGUGAUGAAAAUACCGACGAACAACAACAUCAGUUAGAAGAACGAUGUCGAUGGUCGAAAGGUCGUAUGGAUAUGUCAAUAAAGCUCUUCUACCAUUGUCUCGAUGAAAUUCUCACUGCUGAACGUAAACAUUUACAACAAAAUCAUGGUCUAAACGAACAAGUAUCAUGUACAGAAGCAUGUAACAAAUUAUUAAUGAAAGAUGAAUUUAUUAAAUCUCUAUUUGCUCUAUGUUUGGAUCUUAUCUUGCGUUCAUAUCACGAUAAACAACAUGAUUACAAAUGGAUUUUGAAUCUAUAUCAGUUAGAUUCGUUUUUGUUUGUUAAAAUUAUUGAAAUAUUUAUUCAAGCCAUAAAACCGAUUCGAAAUUCACGUGAAUUUAUUAAACAUUUAAACUCAAUGGAAGAAGAGUUAAUUUUACAUAUGGCUUGGGCAGAUAAAUCACAAAUAUGGAAUGAAAUUGAUAAACGAGGUAUUUUAAUAUAUGAUAAUGUUAAAAAACGUCAGCAAACUGUUAUUAUUAAUCCACAGACAACUACACCAACACAUGCAACCGGUUUAUAUGUGACCAAUUCACCCAUUUCACAAAAAGCAGCUAAUAAAUCUGCUGAUUCAUUGUCAUUUCGUUCAUUAACUAAACGUUCAAAAUCCGAUAAUAUGAAUGAUUGGCUACUACCACCAUCACCUUCCACACAAAAGAAAAAUGGUCCAUAUCUUAUGUUUUAUCGCAAAUUAUAUACAUUCCUUUUACGUUCAAGACAUUUAGAUCAAAUACUCAUUUGUUGCAUAUAUUUAACGUCAAAAGAAAUGCGUGUACCAUUGACAAAAUCAAAAUCAAUAUCCGAACAUUCUUAUGCUUCAUCGAAUGGAAAAAUAAAUGUUGAUUACACGGAACAAUCAAAAUCACUAACGUGGGCAGAAUUGACCAAAAUAUUUUAUAAAGGUUUACCAGGAGCAGAAGAACAUGUACUGAGAAGUGUACUAUUAAGCACGUCAGACACAAAAACAAACGACGAAUCAUGUGAUGAUCAGGAUGCAUGUUCAACAAUUUUAACACCAUCUAAACCAGCUGGCACUCGAAUCCGUAUUGGCAAUGAAUCUUACGGAGAUAUUAGUAAUUUUUAUUCGGAUAUAUUUUUCAAACAAGUAAUUGAUACGGUGCAAUGUUAUUGUGAAACAACUAAAACAUUUUGUGAAUUUCCACGAGAAUUAUUAGCAACAACAAUUAGUAAUCAGAAUAUAUUUUCAUCACCAAGAAAAAUACAAGUGGAUAGUGGUGGUAAAUCAUCAAUUAUAUAUUCAACAAAACCAUCAUCAACAUCCUUGUUAGCAAAAUUAAUUCCUACAAACAACAAUACCACUGUAAAUCAAAUGUCACCCAAACUUUCUGUCACCUCUUCUUCACCGAGUCAGCCUACUAAUGUUUUGUCUUCAUCAAUCCAAACUGGUCAAGCACAAAUCACCACAACAAAAACUCGAACACCUAAUGGAAAAUUUAUUACAAUCAUGACUGGUUCAACAGCAGCAAAAACUCCUUCAAAUCUACAACAAAAUGGUAUGGGAAAUGCUGUUACAUCUUCGUCGUAUGAACAACAAAUUAUCUUUGGUAAAUCAUCUGCAAAUGAUUUAGAAGCUAUCAAUUCUUAUUUGACCAAUAGAUAUAAACAACAAACUAUCAAAGCAGCAAAUUCUUCGUCAUCUGCUUUACCAAAUAACAGUAUAUAUUCCACUGUACGUAUUAAACGGAGUUUAUCCGAUGCACUACUCGAACAAGAAGACGAGAUUGAAGAAAUUAUACUUGACGGCGAUAACACUGUGUUAUCUCCAACUAUAUUUCCUAUACCCAAACAACAACAAAAUGGUACCUCUCGUAAUGAUGAUCUCAAUUCUAUUACUCAGAAAUUACUGCUACUUCAGAAUGAUCGUCAACGAGAACGAGAGCGACAACAACUAUUAUCACCAUCAUCGCGAGAAUCAACAUCGGGAGAUUCAAAUGAUUCACUUACAUGUUUAUCCACAUCAAAACUACCUACACC